AGACCGCGCCAAAGCUCAGACAGCGGCUACUCGUCAGGAUAACGACAUACUGCGGAGGGCAUUUAAACUCUCUGCGUUUGCUCACACGUCUGAUACACGCGUCGGACUGUUCGUUUUUUAUCUACAUCAUUACUAUCACCCCAGAGGACCUGUUUUUCAGCGCCGCUGCUUGAGUCACAACACAGACGUCAGAUUUAAUGUCGGUUUUCGGGAAGCGGCGCGCGCCUUCGCGGUCGUGACACGACUCGAGCGGAGCGGGCGCGGUGCGGCGGAGUUGGCGCACUGCUGGGGCUGGAUAUCAGUCGACUGUCCGCGCCGUGCGUUCGGCGCCUGAGCUCGCUUCUUCUCACGCCGCGCUCGGUUCGCUGCUGGCUGUGAUCGCGUGGAUUGGGAUCGUCUACACCGGCUUUUCGCCUCGAAUAUGUUGCUGUCAAAGUUUGGUUCAUUCUCGCACAUUUGCAACCCUUCGAGCAUGGACCACCUACCAGUGAAGAUACAGCUCCAGCCGGUCAAAGUGGAAAAGGAGCCUUUCGAGAAGGUUUACCAAGUGGGAUCCGUUCUGGGCAGCGGGGGAUUCGGCACCGUGUACGCCGGCAGCCGGAUCUCUGAUGGCGCACCGGUGGCCGUGAAACACGUCGCAAAGGAGAGGGUGACCGAGUGGGGCACAAUUAACGGAUCCAUGGUGCCUUUGGAGAUUUUACUGCUGAAGAAGGUCAGCUCUUCUUUUCGCGGAGUUAUCAAAUUGCUGGACUAUUACGAGCGCGCGGACGGCUGGCUGAUCGUCAUGGAGCGGCCGGAGCUCGUCAAGGACCUUUUCGACUUCAUCACCGAGAAGGGCGCCCUGGACGAGGACACGGCCCGGGGCUUCUUCCGCCAGGUGUUGGAGGCGGUCAGACACUGCUACAGCUGCGGCGUCGUCCACCGGGACAUCAAGGAUGAGAACCUGCUCGUGGAUCUACGCACCGGGGAGCUCAAGCUCAUUGACUUUGGCUCAGGGGCGAUUCUCAAGGACACCGUCUACACAGAUUUCGAUGGUACCAGAGUGUACAGCCCACCGGAGUGGAUCCGCUUCCACAGGUACCACGGCCGAUCGGCGACGGUGUGGUCGCUAGGCGUGCUGCUGUACGACAUGGUGUGCGGCGACAUCCCCUUCGAGCAGGAUGAGGAGAUCCUGAGAGGGCGACUGUACUUCAGGAGGAGGAUCUCAGCUGAGUGCCAGCAGCUGAUCAAAUGGUGCCUGGCCCUGCGGCCUUCCGACCGGCCCAGCCUGGAGCAGAUCUGCGACCACCCCUGGAUGAGAGCAACAACUGAGUCGCCCAAGUCACCGGAGGAGCCAGAUGCCGGCGACAUCCGGCUCAGGACCAUCGACACAGACUCUUCGUCAAGCACAAGCUCCAGCAAGGAGAGCCUCUGAGGGCGGCUCUGAUGGACUGGAAAGACUUUCUGAGGAAAGAAGGGGUGGGCGUGAAGGCUGUGAGAUGGACUCAAGGCCAGCAGCUCGUAGCCCACAUCAGUGGCUGGGCAUUGACUCAGCUGGUCCGGCAAGAAAAAUGUACUUUCAUUUUCCUCUUUUGUAGGGAAUUUCUAAUUUAUUACUUUAGUUCUUCCUUAUAUAUAUCACCCAUCCCCUCUUUUUUUCUUUGAGUUGAUUAUUCCUGUUUCCUAAAUGGGAACAUUUUGCUGUUCGGGCGGUCUUACCAGCAUUAUUUAUUUCCACCCCUUUCUAACUUUAUUGUACCCGUUUUGUUACUAGGCUGGUAUAUGCAGGCAAGGCCCUCCUAUUCAGACAUGGCUGCUCUCAUAGAGCUCGGAGACAAACCUUUUUUUAUUUAAAUGUUUUAAUUUUGAUUUUGGAGUGCCUUUAUUUUUAGAAAGCUGCUUUUACUGGUGGCUUUCAUCAACAACUCUGUUUUUGGAUUUGCCCUCGGCCUAGGCGGCUGCGUUGCUUGUGCUGUGAUGGAAGAAGCGGUUUAGGCCGUUGUUUUGAUUUUUGUUUUUCAUUUCAAAAUCUUUUUUUUUUUUCCUCUCCCUUCUGUCAUCACUGUAAGUCAACCAGCGGCCCAGCCAAGAGGCUGCGAUAGCAUUCGAUAUGAGAGAAGGAGGUGGGGGCUCUUCCUGACAGUGGAAUACUUGAAACACACUCGACUCAACUCUGUGUUGCUCUCUUUGACGCUGCUCACUCACUCUUUAGCCUGUACAGGUGUUCGGAAACUGGAUCCUGUCUUUUCUGAAUGUCUACAAACUGUCAACACACACACACCCUGUGCACUCCCCCUCCCUCUCCCCAUGCCUGGUGCGGGGUGUGUGGCCCUCUCUUACUGUUUCAUUUUUUUUGCCUUCCACUGUCUGACUGCUUGACACUACAUGGCCCCUGCCCCUGGCCUCCCUCAGGGUUUGGGGUGUGAAAUGCACAAUCAAUGCAAUAUUCAUGGACUCAAUUGUCUUUUGUUUUUUUUUCCAAUAAAUAUUGUACAGCAUGUGUUUUUUUUUUUUUCUUUUUGUGUGUGUACAUUUUCCCUCUCCCCAUUUGCAUUAAUUUAUUUGUCAACGUGUAGACAUUCCACACUCUGUGGCUAUUUAUUUAUUUAUUGUUAAGUGCUGAAAAUUCACCCCCUAUCCCCUAAAAACUGCAUAUCCUACAUGGCCUUUGGUUUGCAUUCCUAUAAAUUAUUUUUACAUUUCAACUUUUUUUUUCGUUUUUUGAGAUGUGGAGGAUGCACUGAAGCAGUUGUCAAUGUAAAGCAGAAUAAAACCAGUUUACUUAAAAUGGAGAAUGUUCGAAUGUUAUUUUAACUGUCCUUUGGCGUUGACUGGCUAAGUAGAGGCAUCCAUCUAGUUUCUGUACUGUCAAGACUCAUUUGAUUACUGUGGAUGGGCGCGAGCGGCUUUCAUAGUUGUCACAUCGCCUCGCAAUGCCGACCUUUCAGUUUAGCUGUGAAGAAUGGAUAUUGCUAUUUUUUGAUACAAAAGUUUCAAUUAAACCCCGUUUUUAUGUAUGUAA